GUUAAAUUAAAAACGGGAAAAAACCACACGCCUGCAUCUUUCUCUCUCUCGUCUCUAGACGUGCGGUGCAGCAGCUGUAUUCGCCGCAACCUCCUCCCAUCCCUUGCGCCAGCGGAUUCCUUGGCUGCGCGGAAUUCUCCUAGCCUCCCGAGCCUCCCCAGCUCGAGAAGGGAGCUCACGGUGACGCGGCGCGAAGGGCCGGGUCAGAUCUUGGCCGUUGGCCCCGAGGCGGCGGUUUCGCGUGGGGUCCAGCAGAGCCCGGCCCGCGCGGGAGCCGCUCUGAUUCGCCGGGGGACGCCGCGGGGAAUGCUCUACCUCAAGCUGCCGGCGGGGGAUCUAGGGUUCCGUCCGGGGGCGCCGAGGCGGGGAUCCGGCGGCGGCGGGGCCUGAGGGUGGCGCGGGCGUCGGAGGCGGCCGCCAUGGAGCAGGACCCGGAGCGCGCCUGCCUUCGGAGCUUCGAGCUCCACGAGAGCGAGUCGAGCCUUUACGUUCUAGGAACUAAUUCUGACAGAACACUUUGGAGACUACUCAAGAUCGAUAGAUCAGAGCCGUCAGAGCUUGUGAUAGACGAGUGUUCUACUGUAUAUACUGAAAGUGAACAUCCUGACUUGUUGAAGGGUCUUGAUGACGAGCACAGGUCAACUGGCGGAGUAAAAUUUGUUACAAAGUUUUAUGGCAUAAUUGGUUUUAUCAAAUUCCUUGGGCCAUAUUACAUGUUGAUUAUUACUGAGCAGAAAAAAAUCGGGGAAAUCUUUGGUCAUCCAGUGUAUCAGGUGACCAGGACUUCAAUGGUUGAAUUAGCAAAUUCUAAGACAAGAUCUACUUUUCAAAACUUCAAGGACGAGAACAGAUACAGGAAGAUCUUGAAUGCACUUGAUCUUAGGAAGGAUUUCUUUUUCAGUUACUCAUACCACAUUAUGAGAAGUCUUCAGAAGAACUUGGCUGAUCCACAGGAUGGAUGGACCUUAUACGAGACUAUCUUUGUGUGGAAUGAGUAUCUGACACGGCGGAUCCGUAAUUGUCUCAGAAAUACUUUGUGGACUGUUGCAUUGGUCCAUGGUUUCUUUAAGCAGGAUAAAUUCUCAAUAUCUGGCAAGGAUAUUAUGUUCACACUCAUCGCUAGACGGUCGAGGCAUUAUGCUGGAACCAGAUAUUUAAAGAGGGGGGUGAAUGAGAAGGGAAGAGUAGCAAAUGAUGUUGAGACUGAGCAAAUUGUCUAUGAAGCUGUGCCUGGACCUACUGAAGUAAGUUCUGUUGUGCAGAAUAGGGGCUCAAUUCCACUAUUCUGGUCACAGGAGACAUCAAAAUUGAAUCUUAAACCUGAUAUAAUAUUGCAUGAGAUGCAGAAUAAUUAUGAAGCUACAGAGCUUCAUUUUGAAAAUCUUAGAGCAAGAUAUGGAAACCCUAUCAUUAUCUUAAACUUGAUUAAGACACGUGAGAGGCGAGAGUCUAUACUCCGCCGAGAAUUUGAUAAGGCGAUCAAGAUAAUAAACAAGAGCCUGUCAGAAGAGAAUCAUCUGAGGUUCUUACAUUGGGAUCUUCAUCAAAACUCUCAAGGAAAACCUACAAAUGUACUCGACGUCCUUCUAAAAGUGGCAUUUCGGGCUCUGAAUUUAACUGAGUUCUUCUAUUGUCAAGUCGCACCAAAUUCUGAGACUUCUGCACAAUGCCCCACCCUAUUGAAUGGUCUUGAUCAAUAUUUAUGUGAUGACAACAAUAGUGACGACACAGAAUGCACUGAGAUUGUUGGUGAUGUAUCCCAAGAGGAUAUCUCAGGCAGCUCUGAUUCCUCUGGUAAUGCAACCACAGAAGAUAAAUUUGAGAAUAGUGGACUGCCACCACCAAAACCACCAAAAUUCCAAAAAGGUGUUUUGAGGACAAACUGUAUAGAUUGCUUGGAUCGUACAAAUGUUGCUCAGUAUGCACAUGGUUUAGCUGCUCUUGGACAUCAAUUGCAUGCGCUUGGUUUUAUAGAAUCUCCAGAACUAGGUUUAGAAGCUCCCUUGGCCCAUCAUUUGAUGCACUUUUAUGAGAUGAUGGGUGACACACUUGCUGUACAGUAUAGCGGUUCUGCUGCUCAUAACAAGGUAUUCUCUGCAAAGAGAGGUCACUUGAAGCUUUUUAUUCAGUCACAAGAGUUCUUUAGGACACUUCAGCGGCACUACAGCAACACCUGUAUAGAUGCUAACAAACAGGCUGCUAUAAACUUGUUUUUGGGAUACUUCCAGCCACAGCAGGAAAAACCUGCACUGUGGGAGUUAGAAUCAUCUGCUGGGAAGCAUAACAAUAAUCUUUUUGAUGGCCACCCAAGUACAUUGAAAAGAGUAAAAUCAGAUGGCACCAUUCUUCAUGAAAGUAAUGCUUCUAUAUCUGGCUCUGGUCGUUGCCAUAAUGAACAGUUAAGUGCAUCGCAGCCUGAUGUCCAGAAUGGGUUUCAAUUCCCAACUUCAGAAUCCGAUUCACUUCAUGAAAAUGACAUUUCAUCAGCUUGUGGAAGUGGAGUAGCACACCUAAGGUAUACUCCUACAGCCUCUGACGUGCUUCAUGUCCCAAGAGCUAAAGUUGAAUAUUGCCAUGAUUCUGGUGAUUCAAACUUUUUGGAUCUUGAAUGGCUUUCCACUUCAGGCAACUCAAGUGAUGAAAGGUCUAUUGCAACUAGCACGCCAGAUGCAAACCUAUCAAAUGAGAAUGUCAUUAGUGGCAUAACUCCUGAUAUCAUGGAAAACCAUCUUGCUGAAAUGCAGUAUCAGAAGUUACCUCGGAAUUUUGUGCAGUGGGUUAAUCACGGUGAUACCUUUUGGUACUAAGAUCGCAAUUACUGGAAUUCAAUAUGUCGCCAGCUUCCCAGGGUGGGCAUUAACACGGAUCUGAGUAGUAGAUUAUAGAGUGAUAUGGAUGCUGCGGCAAGGCAUUUCUCCCGUGAUAUACUCCGCACCAUCCCCAAAGUCCUUUAUUGGUCCACGUGUUUUUACAAUGGGUGAGUAGAUAGAUAUCUUUCUGUUGAAAGAAAAUAGAGAUGAUAAUUAGGCUUAUUAUUGUUGACCUGAAAUUGUCAUUAUUCAUGGGAACAUGUCAUAUUUUCUUGUGUAAAUAUAUAUGCUUGAGGUGCC